AUGUUCAUGCAUUUGGAGGUUUUCUAUUAUAUUUUCAUUCUCCUGGCUCACAUGAGGUCGUACUGCUGCUGGUCAGUGAAUAAUUUCUUGAUGACUGGACCCAAGGCGUACCUGAUCUACUCCAGCAGCGUGGCAGCAGGAGCCCAGAGUGGCAUAGAAGAGUGCAAAUACCAGUUUGCAUGGGACCGCUGGAACUGCCCCGAGAGAGCCCUGCAGCUGUCCACGCACAGCAGCCUGCGCAGCGCAAAUCGGGAGACGGCGUUUGUUCAUGCCAUCAGCUCCGCCGGAGUCAUGUACACCCUAACCAGGAACUGCAGCCUCGGAGACUUUGACAACUGUGGCUGUGACGACAGCAGGAACGGACAAAGAGGUGGCCACGGUUGGCUCUGGGGCGGCUGCAGUGACAACGUUGGCUUUGGCGAGGCCAUCUCCAAACAGUUUGUGGAUGCACUGGAGACUGGGCAGGACGCACGGGCAGCCAUGAAUCUCCACAAUAACGAGGCUGGGCGAAAGGCUGUGAAGGGGACCAUGCAGAGGACAUGUAAGUGCCAUGGCGUGUCAGGAAGCUGCACCACCCAGACCUGCUGGCUGCAGCUGCCAGAGUUCAGGGAGGUGGGGAACUACCUGAAGGAGAAGUACCACAGGGCUCUGAAGGUGGAUCUCCUCCGAGGAGCUGGGAACAGUGCGGCCAGCCGGGGGGCCAUCGCCGAGACCUUCAGCUCUAUCUCUCGUAAGGAGCUGGUCCACCUCGAAGACUCCCCCGAUUACUGCCUGGAAAACCGCACUCUUGGCUUGCCGGGCACUGAAGGCCGUGAGUGCCUCAAGAAGGGCAAGAACUUGAGCAAAUGGGAGAAACGGAGCUGCAAGAGACUGUGCGGAGAGUGCGGGCUGGCGGUGGAGGAGCGCAAAGCCGAGAUGGUGUCGAGCUGUAAUUGUAAAUUCCACUGGUGCUGCGCGGUGAAGUGUGAGCAGUGCAGGAAGACAGUGACCAAGUACUUUUGUGUAAAGAAAGGAGGUCAGAGGGGAAGGAAUGAGAGCGCCAGCAGCCGCCGGAAGAACCUGAGACUGAGGAAGAAGCACUGAGCAUCUGAGCAUCUAUGUGUACCACUGCAGCUCCUGUCAGCACCCAAAUUGUCUGUGCAUGUUCAGAUAGUGUGUGUGCUGGACAAAAGCUCAGCAAACAACUUCAGACCAUCUUCAUUGUCUAUUUUGUGUAAAAAGUUAAAGACAGUGGGAUGUGCACAAAGCCACAUGAUAGAGAAGUUUACAACUUUGUAGAGUUUUUGGUAUAAAUGUAUUUAAGAUAUAUUUUUAUACUUUUUACAACGUUUUCGGGCAUUUUAAGAAUAUUUCUCGGACUGCAAAAUUCUCCACAACAUGAUUUAUUUAUUUACAUAAACCUUGGGAUAAAAAUUGUUAGUUUUCGAGUGGUGAUAUGACUGUCGAGUGACGGCAUGACUAGCUUUUAAUAUCAAAACUCGCCAAGUUGUAUUCUCAUGAAUGCUUGUGUCUGUUGCCUUAGCAAUAAUAUUCCUAUAUUUCAACCAUCACUGCCAAGCUUUGAAUUUCUUUAGAAAUAUUUUGACAUUUUUGGGGACAGUCUGCUCUCCCAUCAUCUGGCUCGCCCUGAUCUUUGCUGCCCUCUUGAUGUAUUUAAUUGUAUAUAAAAUGAAGCACUUUGUACUGUACAUUGUUAA